GCGGCCGGUGGGCAGCCUUUACGGCCUUAUACGCGCCCAGGAGCAGGGCUCCGGCCGAGGGCUUCAGCCGAGGGCAGCUGUCGGACGUCGGACGCGCCUGUGGCCCGCAGCAAGGGCUGCCUGGGCCCAGUGUCACACCGACCACCAUGAGGCGGACACGCCGGCGGCGCGUGAGCCCCGACGACGACGACGAUGCCAACGACGACGAAGCACCGCGCCGGCCCCGCUCGCUCCUCCCCUGGAAGAACAGUAAUAGGAUGGUCGGCGGCGCCCCCGGCGCGGCGGACGACCAAACAGUAAAUACGGAGACGACCGGCACGCGACGCCAAGCGGCCCAGCAAGAGGAAGACGACGACGACGACGACGGCAUCGACUGGUCCAAAAUGCCCCCGGAAGAAGUGUUCAAGCGCUUCGAUACCGAUGGAUCUGGUGAAAUCGACCUGGAAGAAUUUAAGGUUAUGCUCAAAAAGUUAAAAAUACACAUGUCCUCCGCCAAGGCCGUCAAGUACUUCAAGAUGUGCGACGUCGACGACAGUGGCCAGAUCGACUUCGAGGAGUUCCGCGUCGCGUUGUUUGCCUGCGACCCGAACAACGGCAACCCGAUCGGCUUCGCGCCGAACGCGUUGUUGACACCGAUCGACGCGUUCGAGAUGUUCGACGAGGACGGGUCGGGCAAUAUUAACGAGGACGAGUUCUACUUCGUGCUCGAGUACCUCAAGCUCGAGGUGUCUGACGCGAACCAGGAGCGGUUGUUCCUGAAGUAUGAUAAAGAUCAGUCGGGGGAGAUUGACUACGACGAAUUUAGACAGAUCUGGCUCGCUGUCGCCGACGUGAAGAAGGAACUUACUGACAGAGGUGUCGACGUGCCGAAAUUCGCUUCCCGCAAGAAGCUCGAACGUAUUUUAGAAAAAUGUCUAGACGAAGAGGAGGAGCAGGAGCGGCGGGCCAUGGCCGAGGCCGAGCGGUGGCGGACGUGGCGGGCCAUCCUCGACCAGAAGAACGAGUACAUUAAGCAUGCGAGGCGACGGGCGCAGAUUGAAUUGUGCAAGGCUCUGGACGCGGCCGGUCAGAUCUACGUGUUUGGUCGGGGUGCUAGAGGACAGUUCGGCGCCCAGGGCGAGAAGGACGGGACGCAUGAAAUCGUGCAGAAGCUCUGGACGCGACGAGUGACCGCGGGUAAGGCGGACUUUGACCCGGACCGGAAGAUGGACUCAUUGGAGACAAAAGACGCCAUCGACGUGGAAGCGCUGAAGAACGAGCUCGCGUCGUCGCCGUUUAAUGAUUUGGUUGUGGGUGAAAAUGCGGCGAAGCUGUGGGGCAAGCGGGUGUAUGAUGCUGCCAUCAGUGACACGGUGAUACUCGCACAGUCGGACCUCGGGGAAUUGUGGACCUGGGGCGGUUCGGACCACUGGUGGUACGAGAUCGAGCCCGACGCCCACUGGCAGACGCACUGGCGCGGGGAUACGACUCCAAGGUCCCAAUUACUCCUAGGGACGCGGUUCAAGCCCGAGCCGCCCCCACCAGAAGUCGACGAGCUAGGAGAACUUAAUGAUGGCAGCGAAGCGCUGAAAGUCGUCUUGACGUACUACGGCAAGUGGUCGGCCCCACCGCCCGACGUAGACAGGAGAAAAUUUUAUGCCGACGAGUGCCUCCCAAACGUCGAUUAUAACUGGAUCGUCACCUCCCUAGAAGUGCGGGGCAAGCAGCCCGAGGAGAUGACGAAGCUCAUGCUUUGUGAUCUGUUACAUAGAGAUAUCAUGCUGGAGAAGCGGGUGCUGGGCGAGCGGGCCCAUCGGCGGAUUCACGAGCUCGAAGAAGAGAUUAGGGAAUUGAAGAAGGUGCGACGCGUAGCUCUAGCAAAAAGGUUAGUGGUAGACAUCACGAAGAUGUGGGCGCCCCUGCGCGAGAUUCAAGCGGAAGAAGAUGCGAGGGACCGACAAAAGAAACAAACGGAAGUUGUGGAAAACAUCGCCAAGCGCGAGCACGCCUACGAGGCCUGGCGCCAGCAGGUCAAGGAGGCCGCUGAAGCUACUUCUCCGGAAAGGACCGCUCGUGGCAACUCCAUUGUUAUUGAGUCCGGUGGUAUUACGGCAAGGGGUGCCGGUCAUAAAAUAGCCCAGGGCUACGCGGCCAUAAAACAAAUAGCGGGCGGCGCGCAGCAUUUUGCGGCGGUGCAUCAGUCUGGAGCGUUGUACACGUGGGGCCUCGGGUCUGGUGGGAGACUAGGAUUGGAUAUUACGGAAAAUGGGGACCCGCGAGCGGACGCGACGCGACCGACCGUCGUGCAAGCAUUGGCCUCGACGCCAGUGUUGACCACAGCCUGCGGCUACUCGCACAUGGCCUGCGUGACGACGUCGAGGGACUUGUAUGUCUGGGGCUCGGCGGCCUCCGGCAAGCUCGGUUUAGGAUUAGCGGCAAAAGAGGAGGAGUGCUACGCCUCACUCCCGGUCCACCUGCCACUAAGACCGAAGAACCGACCCCUGUUGAGGACAGUGUCCUGCGGCGCGGCGCACACCGCGGCUACCACCACUGAUGGUGAACUGUUCGUCUGGGGCUGCGGUGAUGGUGGCCGACUAGGCCUUGGGAGGGAAGGUCUGGCGACGCACUGGUCCCCGCGACGAGUGGACGCUCUCUUUGAGGCCGGCCAUAGAAUAGGAGAUGUGUCUUGUGGCAACGCCCAUACCCUAGCAGUCACAUUAAUUGAAGAAGUCUGGACCGGGACGGGAACGAAUCGAAUGAAGGAAAAACAAGGUGGCCAGGUCUUCGCCGCCGGCUCGGCGUCCGUCUUAGGUCUAUUUCAUCCGGCUUUUGAUCGCGUCAUGGGCGAACUCGCGAGUGUCCAGGCCGUCCAGGCUUCUGCCGGAUUCGCCCAUAGUGGCGUCGUGACGUCGGAGGGCGAGCUCUACUGCUGGGGCAUGAACGACGACGGGUGCUGCGCGGCCCAUCCUAAAGUUAGAUUUUUGGCGGAGCCCACGCUCGCCGCUUGUAUCUAUUCGCGGCCUGGGAAUUUGGCUUUAGGAAGACCCGCAAGACAAUCAAGCUGCUACGGCGGCCAGGACGCUCAUGUGGCCGUCGAUGGAAAUUGUGAUGGUAGUUCACCAGAACUCUGCACGUCCACCCAACAGGACCCCCAAGCCUGGUGGGAGGUCGACCUGGGCGAUUUUGCGAAUUUGCACAUUGUGAAGCUGUGGAACCGCACGGACGAGCCGCCGGACCAGACGAUGGCUAGGGACAAAUAUUCUUCUCGGUUAGUCCCGUGCUGGAUCAUGGCGUCGCAAAAGCCCUACUCCGACGAAGUCGGCGGGUCCUCCCUGAUCAACGCUCUCGGGCAAAGUGUGGCGCGGCACCAGAUCACUAGGGAUAAAAGAUGCACGACGUGGCACGUCCCCGAGAACAUCUCGGCGCGGUACAUCCGCGUGCAGCUGGAAGGGUUCAACUUUCUCCAUUUCGCGCAGUUGGAGGUCUUCGGGAUCAUCGGCGUGCAGGGUUCUGUCGGACGAUGUAGCAGAGUAGUCUGCGGCAAGCACUGCACCGUGGCCAUCAUACGACCGCUGUCGGACCCGGCGGACAUCAACCGCGUCUACAAGCGCGCUAUUUUGAGCGACGCGCAGAAUGCGGACAUUUUGAGGGAACGGGAGACCUUCGCCCUGGAGUACGACAAGUAUGGGAGAGGCGGCAAGGACAUGGAGUGCAUCAUCUGCACGGGCGGCCAGAAGUGCGAGAACUGUUUGAUGAAGGAAAGAUUUGCUGGGGAGUUGAAGGAUCUGUCGCUCGGGGCGGCCGGCCGCGUCCUGACGUUGGACGAGAUGGCCGAGAUGUUGUUAGAUGCACCAAAACCACCAUUGAACUUCACCCCUAAAGUAGUGGUGGACAACUCCUGGGCCGGCAAACUCCAACAGCGCCUCGCGGGGAAGAAGAGCGACGAUUCCGUCAAGAAGGCCAAGGUCGCGCCGGACGACGGCUCCGUGGCGAGCGGCGGCUCGACAAAAUCAAAAUCCUCGAAGCGGUCGAAGCGGUCGCGGUCGUCGCGUGGCAAAAAAUCCGAGGCCGGGUCGAAGAAGUCGGGGGGCGCGCCGCCGGCCCCGGACUGGCUGGUGCCGGGGGCGGGGUGGGCGACCUAAGGAGGGUUAUGUGU